UGAAAGCCCAGAUGGAAGUUCCAGAAUGACACCUCAAAAGAUCAGGAACAUCCUUAAGAAAGAUGGUAGCGAGAAGAGGAGUAAAAUCGGGACUCCCAAGAUUACAGAUUAUAAGAAAUAAAAGGAGUGAAAGGAAAAGCAGGAUGAAGUCUGACAUUGAAGGCUGCCAUUCUUCAAAAGAUAUCAGCUGUAGCAUUUCGAUGAGUAGUUUCUCAUAUAGGGCCGAGAACUCUGAAGAUGAUAAGGCAUCGAAUGAGGAUGCUGGUUAUAUCCAGACAAUCAAUUUUGAUGAUAAUGGGGUCAUUGAGAGAAGCAAGACAUAUCCUAAUACAGGCUUAGUUAACCUAAUGCAGCAGCUGAAAGCGGAUGAAGUUAAUAAUUAUCCUAUGAAUGAUCCAAAACUAGAGCAGAAAAAAAAUACUAUGCUAUACCAAGCAGAAGAAGAGCUAAAGGCUCUGAAAUUAGCUUACAAAGAGAAAUUAGAAGAUAAACUCAAAAAGAAAGAAACUCUUGAGAAAGAUAAUUCUGAACUACAAACAUCCUUGAUGUUUAGCUUAAAAGACUUGAAAAGGAAAGAAAAACAGACUACCAAACUAAAGCUCAAGGAAGAACUUCAGCAGCAGAUAGAUGAAUUAGAAGCUCGCCUUGAGGCAAUGGAGGAAGAGGAGGUAAAGCUUGAAAAGAAUCAACAGCAUGACCAAAUCCAAUGCUCUUCAUUUUCCCCAAGACCUAAUCCACCAGCCGACCAUAAUCCUUCAGACCAAGAUACUCCUGAUAAGGAAGUACCUCCAAAUCCUGAGCCUCAGUUUAUCGAUUCUAAAGAGAUGUCUUCAAAGCCUUCCAAAGAACUACCCAUAGAGUUCCCAGUGAAUGUAUCGAAUAUAGAACCCUCAGAACCGGCUGAGAUUAAUGGCAAUGAUUUCACAUUCUCUCUUGCUCAAGAAGAAACAAAACAGAAAUUCCCCCCUCCUCAAUCAAAACCCAAUCCUGUUCCCAAAAAGGUGAGAAAACCCAAACGUCACUCCCAAGAAGCUAAAAUACCGGAAAACGCACAGAAUCGUUCCAAAAAGUCUCCAAAACCAAUUUCAAACCAUAAAGAUUCAGAAAACUCAUCCAAAAACCAAACUCACUUAAUCAACAGAUUAGAAAAGAGGAAAGAGAAAUUGAAGCAAGAUCGGAGCAGACUGAAAGAACAGAAUGAGAAACAAGCUGAAGAGAUUAAGAUGCUCAAAGAAGUCAAUGAGAUGAGGAAAUCAAAAUAUAAAUAUCUAAAGAAAGAGAAUCUCCAAAUGAGUACUUUCCUGUCUGCUUCCAAGAUAAAACACAGAAGGGAGAUAAAAUACUAUCGUGAGAACUACACUAAAGAGAGAUCCCAGUUCUGGAACCAUGCCAGUGCAAUUAUCAUAUUUUUCUUUUUCAUUGUGAUUCUGUACUGGAAAAUCCCUCAGUAGUACCUAAUAAAGACUCUUUAAAUUAGCCAGUAAA